UGCGGCUCUGCACUGACUGUGUGGGGCCCGCGCCCGCCGGCGAACCACGCUGCGUUCCUGACCCCGCGCCACCAUGUAAACGGCGCUGGCAGGCGGACGCUGGCUUCUUCGCCCGGGACCCCUCCGCCUCAACCCAACCAACCCUGUGGCCCUAGAUGAGGACACAUCAUGCUGACUGGGGUGACAGAUGGUAUCUUCUGCUGCCUGCUGGGCGCACCCCCCAACUCCGUAGCACCGCUGGAGAGUGUGGAGUCCAGCGAUGGCUACACCUUUGUGGAGGUCAAACCCGGUCGUGUGCUGCGGGUGAAGCACGCUGGACCCUCCCCAACCCCCACCCCACCUCCACCAUCACCACAAGAUGCUGCCCAGGGGGACAGAUCUGGCUUGGUCCACUGCCAGCGCCGGAUUACUGUCUACCGCAACGGGCGGUUACUGGUGGAAAACCUAGGCCGGGCACCUCGAGCUGACCUUCUGCAUGGGCAGAACGGCUCUGGAGAGCCACCGGCUGCCCUGGAGGUGGAGCUGACUGACCCAGCAGGCAGUGAUGGCCGCUCAGGCAUGGGCAGUGCCAACAGUGGCAAUGGUAGUAGUGGGCGGCGGCGGCGAGCCAGACGCCCCAAGAGGACCAUCCACAUUGACUGUGAGAAGCGCAUCACUAGCUGCAAAGGCACCCAGGCCGAUGUGGUGCUCUUUUUCAUCCACGGUGUUGGCGGCUCCCUGGCCAUCUGGAAGGAGCAGCUGGACUUCUUUGUACGCCUAGGCUAUGAGGUGGUGGCACCUGACCUGGCAGGCCAUGGGGCCAGUUCUGCACCGCAGGUGGCUGCAGCCUACACCUUCUAUGCACUGGCUGAGGACAUGCGGGCCAUCUUCAAGCGCUACGCCAAAAAGCGAAAUGUGCUCAUUGGGCAUUCCUAUGGUGUCUCCUUCUGCACAUUCCUGGCACAUGAGUACCCAGACCUGGUGCACAAGGUGAUCAUGAUCAAUGGCGGGGGCCCUACAGCGCUGGAGCCAAGCUUCUGCUCCAUCUUCAAUAUGCCCACCUGUGUCCUUCACUGCUUAUCACCCUGCCUGGCCUGGAGCUUCCUCAAGGCUGGCUUUGCCCGCCAAGGGGCCAAGGAGAAGCAGCUGCUUAAGGAGGGCAAUGCCUUCAACGUGUCAUCUUUCGUGCUACGGGCUAUGAUGAGUGGCCAGUACUGGCCCGAAGGCGAUGAAGUCUACCAUGCGGAGCUCACCGUGCCCGUCCUACUUGUCCAUGGCAUGCAUGACAAGUUUGUGCCAGUGGAGGAAGACCAGCGCAUGGCUGAGAUCUUGCUUCUGGCCUUCCUGAAGCUCAUCGACGAAGGCAGCCACAUGGUGAUGCUGGAAUGCCCUGAGACCGUCAACACACUGCUCCACGAGUUCCUGCUCUGGGAGCCGGAGGCCUCGUCCAAGGCUCUGCCCUCGCCCCUACCUGCGCCUCCAGAGGAAAAGAAGUAACUGGCAAGCCAGCAAGGCAUUGCUUGGUGAGCAGAGCUGCAGGAAGAUGAAGCCAGGAGCGGGCGCCAGGUCCGCAGCGCGGACCAUGUGGGUCGGCCUUUUGCUCUCGUGGGCGGGAUCAGGCCAGGAAGACGCCCCCAGGCCGGUUGGGCGUGGUGUAACGUCUGAGCGAGCCUAGUUGGACGCUCAGCUCUCCGCUUCUGUCCUGCGAGGCCCAUCGGUGUUUUGGGGCCAAAGCCAGGAUGCCCGCGGAAGAUGACCUUGUACAGAAGUCCCUCUUUCUUCCCCCUCCAGCCAAAGACACGGCCGAGACAGGCCCUCCCCACCCUGCUGUCUUCCGUGUUAGCCAUGCUUUAUCCUGGGACUCCCGAGCCCCCUAGGGACCCUCAGGGUCCGUCCCAGUGCCCAAGACCCUCCCUGUCCCCUCAUUCCUCAGCUCUGGGAGCUAUUGUUGCCCACCAGGGUAGGGAAGGGGGCUGGCGCCACUGAAUCUGCGCAUUUGAACUUGUAACUGAAUAAAAAGUGACAAUCGGA